GCCGUUGCUUGUUCGUCCAGCCCUGCUGCCGCCCGCGUUGUGAUUGAGCAAGAUGGCUGCCACCUCGCAAUCUGCCGCCUUUGCGGAACAGGAAGAGGGACCUCGCGUCCUUGACGAUCAAUGGCAGCGCCAGCAGCAAAAGACCUUCACGGCCUGGAUCAACUCGCAUCUGCGCAAGCGCAGCCUCAAGAUUGAGGAUAUCGCUGUUGACCUGUGUGAUGGCAAGCUCCUCCUGCAACUCGUCGAGAUUAUUGCCGACGAAACCCUGCCCAAGGCUGCCAAGGGCAAGAUGCGCAUUCAUAAUGUUGAGAACGUCGGCAAGGCCCUCAACUUUAUUCAAAGCAAGGGCGUCAACGUCUCGUCCAUUGCUCCCGAAGAGGUCGUGGAUAGCAACCUCAAGAUGAUCCUGGGUUUGGUGUGGAUGUUGAUUCUCCGAUUCGAGAUCCAGGACAUUUCCGAGGAGCACAUGAACGCCAAGGACGCCCUCCUCCUGUGGUGCCAGCGCAAGACUGAGCCCUACAACAACAUUGACAUCCAGAACUUCCACAUGUCCUGGAAGGAUGGUCUGGGCUUUUGUGGCCUCAUUCACCGCCAUCGCCCCGACCUGCUCGACUUUAGCAAGUUGCGCAAGGACAACCCCCGCGAGAACUUUGAGCUGGCGUUUGAGGUGGCAGAGCGUGAUCUUGACAUUCCCAAGAUGCUCGACGUUGAGGACAUGCUCACUUGCAUCAAGCCUGACGAGCGCUCUGUCAUGACUUACGUGGCCGCGUACUACAAGGCCUUUGCCAGCUCCAACAAGUCAGAGCUGGCUGCCAAGAAGAUUGCCGCCGUCCUGGAGACCAACCGCGAGCACGAGCGCAUGAUGGAGGAAUACGAAGAAAUGGCCACUGAUCUUCUUGCUUGGCUCAACACCAACAUUGAGCGCCUGGAUCAGCGCCCUGCCCUCAACACCGUCCCAGAGUGCCAGUCGCAGCUCGAGGAGGCCAACAAGUUUCGUGGCGAGGAAGUUCCACCCAAGCUCGAGGAGAAGAGCCGCCUCGAGAUGCACUACGCCACCCUUCAGACCAAGCUGCGCCUCUCCGGUCGCCCUCCCUAUGUGCCCAAUGAGGGCAAGGAGAUCGAGGACAUUCACAACCGCUGGCAGGAUCUCGAAACGGCCGACGGUAACCACAAGGACUUUCUCCUUGAGGAGCUGCGCCGCGUGCGGUUGGCUGAGAGCAAGGCGGAGCGCUUCAACGCCAAAGCCACCACCCACGAAAACUGGACCCAGGGCCGCGACGAAGAGCUGGCCAGCGACGACUACAGCGACAAGAACCUGGCGGGCAUCUCAGCUUUGCUGAAGAAGCAUGAGGCGUUCCAGUCAGAUUUGACGGCUCACGAGCAGCGCGUGCAUGAGAUUGGUACGCUUGCCAAUGAGCUCGACGAGUUGCGCUAUCACGAUGCCGACUCGGUCAACGACCGCUAUGCCGCCAUCUACGAGACGUGGCAGACGCUGGUGCAGCUUACCCAUGACCGCCAGACCAACCUGCAGCAAGCAGAAGAGCGACAGCGUCAUCUGGAUGACCUCUUUUUGGAGUAUGCCAAGCAGGCGCCCCCCUUUGGCAACUUUGCUGAGCUCGCCUGCGAGAAGUUGCAGGAACCCUACAUUGUGGACACGGAGGAGGAUGUGACCGUGCUUCAGCAAGAGCAUGAGGCCUUCAAGGCUGAGCUGCCCCAAUACCAACAAGCCUUUGAGAGCCUGCAGGUGCUGCAACAGGGCAUGCAGGAGCUGGGUAACACCAGCAAUCCCUACUCGCCCCACAACUUUGAGGACCUGUCACAGCAGUGGACUCGCGUGCAGGAACUCGUGACCCGCCGCGAUGAGCAGCUUGCCGAGGAAGCGUCCCACCAGCAAGGACGCGAGCAGAUCCGCCGUGAGUUUGCCAGUGCCGCGGAUGAGGCAUCUGCCUUCCUGCAAAAUAAGGAUUCGACUGUGAACCAAAUCAUUGAACAGUCGACGCAGGCCACCCUUGAAGAUGCCGUGCAACAGCUCCAGGGCCUGCAGACCGAGGUCGAGCAACACCGCAGCUCGCAGGACGCCCUCGAGGGCAUUCACCAGAAGCAGCAGGAGAAGCUCAUCUACAAGAACCCUCACACGUCUGCCACCAUCGAGUCUGUGCGUGGUCACUUCAACGCCCUCAAGAACCGCAUCGUGGCUCAGGUCAACGAGUUUAACAACCAAAUUCUCUCGCGCGAUGCCACCAACAUCACCGACGAGCAAAUGGCUGAGUUCCGCCAGAGCUUUGAGCAUUUUGACAAGGACAAGAGUGGUCGCCUCGAGCGUCGUGAGUUCCAUGGUGUGCUCCUCUCCCUUGGCCAUCCCGUGGCGGAGGUGUACAAGGACGAUGGCUCUGACAAGGAAUUUGAGUCUAUUUGGGAGCGCGUCGACCUCAACAAGGAGGGCACCGUGACCUUUGAUGAAUUUGUUCGCUUCAAGGCCGAGGAGAGCGCCGGCGCCGAGACCUCCUCCCAGCUUCUCGAAGCAUUCCAAAUCCUGGCCAAUGGCCAACCCUACGUCAUGGCCACGGAUCUGCAGCGCGAGCUGUCCCCAGAGCUUUACGAGUAUUGCGUUCAGCACAUGGUUCCCUAUGGCGAUGGCCCUGAAGGUGCUUUGGAUUAUCAGUCCUUCGCCACCGCGCUGUACGGCGAGUCAGAGUUGUAGAUCGGAAGAUGACACUUGUUGUUUUCUAUCAGGUGAUCGGUGUUUCUCAAUUGCUGCUUAUGCCACCGCGUGUUGGGUGCUUCCCAGUUGGCUAGUGUCUGAUUCGCCACUUCCGUGUGCGGCUCAAACCCUUUCAGCUCGGUCUUCAAGCACAUGUUUCCCCUUCCUCUCUUGUUCCAGUCUUUUUGUGUUGGUGUUGGUAUUUCUUUUUUUACAAAUAAUUUGUCACAAACGACUGCCAGCAAAAGCGAGAAAAAUGUUUCGCUGCGCUUGCAUCGUUAUGGACUGCAAACCAACGGACAAGAUCAGAAGAAUUUAUUCCCAUAUC